AUGUGUAAACAAAAUAACUUGCGGCCAAGCAGCAUAAAAGUCGUGUUUGGAAUUUUCGUUUCAUUGGCAUUUAGUUUAUCCUGCAGUGUCUGCAAAGAAAAACAGGGCAGUUCGUGGAAGGAUAUUCUAUUCGGCAGUAAAUGGCUGCCUUCCACAGGCGCGCGAGAUGCAAGGUUUCUGCCAAUCUUUAAUAUGGUUCCAAUCGGAUCGGGCACCUGUACGGCGUCUUCUGGCGAGCAGGGCAACUGCAUACCGAGCAAGGAUUGCAUGCUGCGUGCGGGUAUACCAGCAGGUCCUUGCGCUGGCGGCUACGGAUUGUGUUGUGUUUUCCUGCAAACUUGCGGCGGCAUUAUACGCGAGAACUCUACGUAUUUUGUGAAUCCCAACCAUCCGGAUGUCUACGAUGGCACUGGCAGUUGUCAAGUCACAGUGCAAAAGAUACAUCCGGAUAUUUGCCAGUUGAGACUCGACUUGGACAUGUUUUCCAUUGCACCGCCCGAAUCACUGAAUCACGUUUGUAACCAGGAUCAACUGCUCAUCUCUGGUGGCAGUCCGGUGCCCACCAUUUGUGGCUCCUCAUCAGGCGAUCACAUGUACAUUGACGCCGGCUUGGGCCAAAGUAAUGCGAUCGUACUCUCCGUCAUCACGAGCGGCACUUUUUCGCGUCUGUGGCGCAUACGGGUGACACAAAUCCAUUGUGGCAGUGUGAGUCGUGCCGAUCACGGCUGUCUUCAAUAUUUUUCUGGCAUCAGCGGACGUGUGCGGAGUUUCAAUUACAAUACCGUUACGGGCAGGCAACUGUCCAAUCAGGACUACAGCAUUUGCGUACGUACAGAGCGGAACUUUUGCAGCAUUCAAUACAACGCCUGUCCGGACACCGAAAACAAUCGCUCGCGUGCUUUCACCAUUUCCGGCAACUCCAACAAUCCCACUGGCUCUAUGGUGGGUGGCGGCACGCAGGUGACCCAGAACGCUUGCCUCAACGACUGGCUACUGAUCGGUUGUAUGCGUUCUGUGGACCGCAUUCCCCCUUUGGCCGCUUGUGAGGAUCGUGUUUGUGGCGGCACUUUUAGCGCUGAAGUGGGCACCAUUCAGCGGACCGUGCAAUCAAGCGUGCGACCAUUCCGUCUGUACUUCCACACGGAUAGUGUCGAAGCGCCCACUGAUAUCGACAAUCGAGGCUUUUGCUUGGACUACGUGCAGCAGCCGUGCACGAAUGGAUUUUAG